AUGUCCCCUUCGGUCGCUCCCGACGUGGAAUUAAGACACUUUGGUGGCCGGGAAAAGUGGCAUAGUUUCUGGAGAUAUUGGCUCUCAGCUCCCCAUGAGGAGCAGCCCAGUACCGGCGACCAUUUGAGGCACAGAGAAAGUGAAGCUGCAGAGCGAAGACCCUUGCAAAAAUUCGCAACAACCCUCCUCGGGGGUGUUGAGUGCCCAUCUGCGCUGACAAUUAUCGUUAUUGUUGUUGUCGACAUCGCCAACUUGUCGGCUUCUCUGUAUCGGUUUCGGGGUUUCUUUUCACAUUUUCAACCAAACUUCAGAUCUGGUUCCGAAAAUCUUCACCAUCAGGGAUUAGAGCUUUUAUCGAAGUGUGUUGGAGUCCUCCGGCUAUCCUUCUCUUGUGAUCGCGCUAUUCAGCAGCGGUCCUGCUGCCGAGAGAACUCAGCCUGCCACCUCACUAACUCCAACCCUAUUCCACGAUCGGUUCUGGCUCUUAACAUCCGACUCUUUCAUCUACACCGCGAUCUACAACGCCAUCUAUCGAAUCUUCAUCUUGAGUUGGUCUUCUUAACGCUUUCUGCCUUGCCAAGGACAGCCGAAGUUGCUUCGAAACCAACCACGGCCAGGGAAAAAGGAAGCCCCUGGCUCGCACCGUCUGACUCCGUCAAGUGUUGUGCACAGAAUUUCAAUUUUUGUUUUUAUUUUCAACCUAUUGUCGAAGGCGUCCUUGUCAUUUCGCGAUCAGGGCCUUGUUGUCGUUCUCCGAAGACCACAGUUAUGGGGGACCGACACCAACCCCACUUUGACCGGAACGACACCUACCAUCUCACUAGGUAUGAUGACGCUCAGAAUUCCUCUGGCGUGUCCUAUAGCUCCGCUGUUUGUGUUGAUUCUAAUGCCCACUUCUUCAGUACCCACGUUCCAGGAGAUUUAGCGUCGGUGUCAAAUCGUAGCCUUGGAGAGCAUAGAUCGACCCCAUGGAGGGAGUACAACGCUGCUGGAGGGGUAGUUCCGCAGAACAUAGUCCAAGCCUCCGACAGUGCCACAGCCGGCUCUGAUGAACAAUACGGCCCCAACUUUCUCUCAUCUCACCAUGAGCACCCAGGACAGGAGGUGAAUUCCCAGCCUUACACCAUGAGCCAGUCGUAUUAUCCAUCAUCGGCUCGUCUUAGCCCGUCGGAUUUACUACCACCCCCCCGGAAUCCUGUGGAACAGGGGGGGAUGCAGUUACUUAAUUGUGAAGGGCCUUGGUCCCAAUGGAACCUCCAUAGCACGUACACACUGAGCAACGAGUUUGGUGUCCCUGGAACUUCGGAAGGAGGUUACUUAAUAGGUACGAAAAGGAGUACUCCGUCAUCGGCCAUGUUGUUUGAGCCUGAAGAGAUGGCUGCGACAUCGCCUUCUCUUGACCAGAAUGAAAUGAGGACCAUGACUGUGGAUAUGGCAGCCAUUCGGAUAGGCAAAGCCGCCUUUGGAAAUGUUUUACAGCCUGUGGAUAUCCUUCCUACAGAUUCCGGACCUCUCAUGUCCGUGGACAACCGGUUGAGCCCACAAAACAAAUGUGACGGCUACCAUAGUAGAGGGCAGUUUAAGUCAUCGUUCGACCAGGGAUAUGAUAAUGAAGGUUUUGAAGGCCGCUCGCCGCCUGCCGAGACGAAUUAUGAUCACUUGGUAGUUCCUCAUACUCAAGCGUCGAGCUCUGUACAUUCAUCUUCAGCCGCUUCCGAACCGGUACCCAUGUCGCCGUCUUUUCCAGGUCUUCUAUUCUGUGAGGUCGAGGGAUGUAGAAAAAAGUUUAACGGAAUUUACCGGAAGGGGAAUCUAGCUAGACACAGGAAAACACAGCACGGGGGUGCCUUUGGAUCGAAACGAACUUUCCCUUGCGAGGAAGAUUAUUGCAAAAAGGAUUUUUGUCGGAAAGACUCCCGUUUGAAACAUUAUCGGACCCACCACCCACGAUUAGCCACACGUCUCAUUAAUCGGAAGCCGCAGAGGCCAUAG